UGCAUUCUCACUGCGGCUCCCGUCUUACGAUCGUAAACCCUAAAAACCAACAGAGAGGUGCAGAGAAAAUGGAGACAGUUCCAGGACAGUUGAUUUGGGAGGUGGUGAAGAAAAACAACUGUUUUUUGGUGAAGCAGUUCGGAAGAGGAACUGCUGGCGUUCGGUUCAGCAAAGAGCCCAACAAUCUCUACAAUCUCAACUCCUACAAACAUUCUGGAUUGGCAAACAAGAAAACUGUCACCAUUCAGCAAGGUGGCAAAGAUCAGUCGGUGCUGCUAGCGACCACCAAGACCAAGAAGCAGAACAAACCGUCGACUUUGCUUCACAAAUCGGUCAUGAAAAAGGAGUUCCCAAGGAUGGUUAAGGCAGUCAAAACCCAGGUGACAGACAACUACUACAGGCCGGAUUUAACCAAAGCAGCCCUUGCAAGACUGAGUUCUGUGCAUAGGAGUCUGAAAGUUGCCAAGUCUGGUGUCAAGAAGAGGAACAGGCAAGCAUUGAAGAUCCAUUGCAGGAAGUAAGCUCAUAUUAUGCCGCGAUUUUGUUGUUCUGGGUAUCUCUUUUUAGAACCAAAAUUUGAAAUUACCUUGUUGUAAAUGUUGGCUGUGGCUGGUGUGGUGGAUUUCAUUUCAUAUCUUAGAUUAUGAAGCAGAGAUUGAUGCCUCCUUGCUGGUUUGUUUUCUGAAUCAUAUAACAUGGUAAAAUUUUGAUAAUUUUCCUCUGGUGAAUUCUUUAAUUGAACUCCAUUUACCUUUU